AUGCCAGACACACCACCCGACCCAGACGCCGUCGUCCCGCUGCAGCAGUGGCUCAAGCUCCUCACUGCGCAGGGUGCGCCAAUGCGCGUCGCCAUGGCGUUUGCGGCCAAGGCGUACAAGGACACCAACACCGUCACCAAGCUCAAGGCGCUCACCCCGGCACAGCUGGCCGCCCUCGUUCCGGACAAGGACACGCGCAAGUUUCUCACCAACGCCAUCAAGGGCGUGGUCGCAGGCAACACUGCCCCGGUCAAGCGGCGCGGCGGGCGGGACUCGGACCUCCUCCGGCCCCUCGGCGACGGCGACGCACCCACAAACGUGCCCACCGUCUUUGAGUUUCACGAGAUCACAGACGUCGAGGCCGUCCUCCCCGUAUCCCUCACGUGCAACCGCGCGCCCAUCAAGACGGCGUGGUGCUACGCCGUGGCCCGCCGGCUGGGGUUUGACGUUGCCGAGGCGCUCAGCAUCGCGCAUGUGUACGUGCACAUUUCGAGCCUCAAACAUGCCCUCGGCCUGGGCAACAUCCUGGACGCCCAGCAGACGCGCGAGGCCGAAGAGGAGAUCCGCGAGCUGCCGGGCGAACACGACUAUCGCAAGCCCGCCGACAACAGCCGGUCAUGGCGGCACAACAGGGAUGCAAAGGUCGAAAAGGCCGUCGGGAGCAGUCAGCCGUGGGUGGGGAUCCUCAAGGCCAAAAUCCCUGUGGUUGAACGUCCCGACGGUACAUGGCGCGCGAUCCAGAAGGGCGCCGUCGUCGAGCCCAGCGUCGCAUUCCUGUACAUCACCCGCGCGCUCAAAGACUACACGCCGCACGUCAUGGGCGCGCUCCAGCUCGUCGCAGAGUCGUAUGAGCCGCACGAGCUGGACGUCGUCGGACUGCAUCUUUAUACCGCGUUCAAGCCCGAUGUCGUCGAGUGGGGUCAGCGCGGCAGUGUCAGCGUGGCAGACAUUUUGGAACAGAUCAAGGCGCCCGUGGCCGGGUCCCCGGCACCAGACACCGUGCAGGACGAAACCGAGGACGUGCACGACCAGGACAAGGACAAGGACAAGGACGUGCACAGUGGCGACGGCGAUCGUGGGACCAAGCGGCCAGCCUCUGACCCUCCAGAGGCGGCAGUGACGGACACGCCAGCCAAGAAACAGCGCGACAUGACGGUCGAAGAGUACGAAGCGAUGCUCGACGCCGAGGACGACAGUGUAUGGGACCAGGUACAGGUCUAA